CUAAUGUAUUACACUCCAGUUUCUAGCCAUGGUCAAUUAUUCUCUGCUGGACAUGCUCAGGAGUGGCUGUGCGGUAAGUAGCUUGCUUACCAACCACAUGGUUCCGGGUUCAGUCCCACUGCGUGGCACCUUGGGCAAGUGUCUUCUACUAUAGCCUCGGGCCGACCAAAGCCUUGUGAGUAGAUUUGGUAGACAUGAAAGUGAAAGAAGCCUAUCGUAUAUAUGUAUAUAUAUAUAUAGGCGCAGGUGUGGCUGUGCGGUAAGUAGCUUGCUUACCAACCACAUGGUUCCCGGUUCAGUCCCACUGCGUGGCACCUUGGGCAAGUGUCUUCUACUAUAGCCUCAGUCCGACCAAAGCCUUCUGAGUGUAUUUGGUAGGCGGAAACUGAAAGAAGCCCGUCGUAUAUAUGUAUACAUAUUUGUGUGUCUGUGUUUGUCUCCCCAACAUCGCUUGACAACCGAUGCUGGUGUUUACGUCCCCGCGGUUCGGCAAAAGAGACUGACAGAAUAAGUAUUAGGCUUACAAAGAAUAAGAUAGCGUAAAAGUAGCAAUAGACUUGAAAAUAAGUAGUCAGCUUCUACUUUUGUUUCUCUUAGAGUUUGUUUCAUUACAAUUCACAUUUUCAAAAAGUAAUUAUAGUAACAAAACACAUUAAAAAUUUUCCACCUUAGUUUUAGCAUUCAACAAAUGUGUAUUAAUACGAGGUCUGCAAUAGCCGGAGUUUUAGUUCGUUUCGUUGACGUUCCGUGUCAGUUUUUCUAAAGUCUACUUAUUAUAUUCGAUCGAGUUGGUGCUUUUGUGUAAUUCGAUUCUGAUUUAUUUAUCAUAAGAGAAUAUUUGAUGUUACUCGUAUAAAAGAGUUUUUACGUCAGAUACAUCGUGAAUAUGGAUCAUCUUUUGAAAACAAAUGGAAGAUGUUAUAAAUAAUAAAUAUAACCCUGUUUAUAUUAUAUAUCUAUGGUGAAUAACUGAAAUAUUUAUUCUGAAUUAACAGUAGCAUCUGUUUUCCUCAUUGUCAGGAAUGUUUCCAAAAGUAUAUCACAUUUUGUUUGAACUUGGAGAAAUUUGCAAAGGUGUUUGUAUCAUCUUCAGACUUUCAAGAUCAGAUCUGCUGUAAAUAUAGAAGUAACUGUAUAUGAAUUGAGAAAGAAAUAUACAAAGAACAAAGCAAAAAUAUAUCUUGUGUUUCUAUACUACAGAACAAUAAUGAAUUCUCAGGAGAUGAUAAAAGAAAGAGAAAAAUUAUCAUAUGAAUGUGAUAUCUGUAAAAAGACUUUUUCUAAUACUGCAAAUCUCACUGCUCACAAAUGUAUUAAUUCAGGUGGGAAGCGAUAUCACUGUGAUAUCUGUGGUAAAUCAUUCUCUCACAAAAGUAGCCUUACUUUUCACAAAUACGUUCAUACAGGAGAGAAACCAUAUCAGUGCGAAAACUGUGAUAAAUCCUUCUCACUAAGACGUUAUUUGACUACUCACAAACUUACACAUACUCGUGAGAAGCCAUAUCACUGCGAUGUUUGUGGUAAAUCUUUCUCUCAAAAAAGUAGCCUUAAUUCUCACAAAUAUCUUCAUACAGGAGAGAAACCAUAUCACUGUGAUAUCUGUGGUAAAUCUUUUCCACUAAGACGUUAUUUGACUAUUCACAAACAUAUUCAUACUCGUGAGAAGCCACAUCACUGUGAUAUUUGUGGUAAAUCAUUUUCUCAGAAAGGUCACCUAAAUUCUCACAAAUCCAUUCAUACAGGAGAGAAACCAUAUCACUGCGAUAUAUGUGGAGUGGCAUUCUCUCAGAAAAUUAGUCUUACUUCUCACAAAUAUAUCCAUACAGGAGAGAAACCAUAUCACUGUGAUAUCUGUGGUAAAUCCUUUUCACAAAGAAGUUAUCUAACUACCCACAAACUCGCUCAUACUAAUGAGAAGCCAUAUCACUGCAAUAUUUGUGGUGAAUCAUUCUCUCAAAAGAGUGGCCUCACUCAUCACAAAUCCAUUCAUACUGGGGAGAUAGCAUAUCAGUGUGAUAUCUGUGGUAAAUCAUUCUCUCAAAAAAGUCACCUUACUUCUCACAAAUACAUUCAUACAGGAGAGAAACCAUAUCAGUGUGAUAUCUGUGGUAAAUCAUUCUCUCAAAAAUGUCACCUUACCUCUCACAAAUACAUUCAUACAGGAGAGAAACCAUAUCACUGUGAUAUCUGUGGUAAAUCAUUCUCUCAGAAAUGUAACCUUACUUCUCACAAAUUCAUUCAUACAGAAGAUAAACCAUAUCACUGUGAUAUCUGUGGCAAAUCCUUUUCACAAAGAAGUUAUUUGACUACUCACAAACUUUCUCAUACUAAUGAGAAGCCAUAUCAGUGUGAUAUUUGUGGAAAAUCAUUUUCUCAAAAAAGUAGCCUUACUUCUCACAAAUCUAUUCAUACAGGAGAGAAACCAUAUCAGUGUGAUAUCUGUGGUAUAUCAUUCUCUCAAAAGUGUGGCCUUAUUUACCACAAAUCCAGUCAUACAGGAGAGAAACCAUAUCAGUGUGAUAUUUGUGGUAAAUCAUUCUUUCAAAAAUGUCAUGUUACUUAUCAUAAAUACACUCAUACAGGAGAGAAACCAUAUGACUGUGACAUUUGUGGUAAGUCAUUCUCUUGUUCAAGCUCUUUAACUUCUCAUAAAUACAUUCACACAGGAGAGAAACCAUAUCACUGUAAUAUCUGUGGUAUAGCAUUCUCUCAAAAAAGUAAUUUAUCUGUGCACAAACGCACUCAUACAGGAGAGAAGCCAUAUGCCUGCGAUUGUUGUGGUAAAUCAUUUUCUUCUCGAGACAAUUUAACCUCUCAUAAAUACAUUCAUGCAGGAGAGAAAGCAUAUUCCUGUGAUUUCUGUGGUAAAUCAUUCUGUGGAAGAAAAUAUUUAACUGAUCACAAACUGAUUCAUACAUAAUACAAACCAUAUCACUGUGAUAUCUGUGGUAAACCAUUCUCUCUAAAACGUUACUUAAAUAGAUAAAUACAUUCGUAAAGGAGAGUAACUAUAGCACUGUAAUAUCUGCAGUAAAUCAUUCUGUGUAAAAACAUAUAUUGCUAACCACAAGUCCAUUUAUACCAGAGAGAAACUAUAUUGCUGUGAUCUCUGUGGCAAGUCGUUCUCUCAUGAACGUGCUAUAUAUACUUAUAAACAUUUUCUAAUAAAAGAGAAGACUUAUUGUGAUAUCUGUGGUAAAUCAUUCUCUGUGGAACAAUAUUUAACUAAUCAGAAAUGCAUUCAUACAGGAGAGAAACUAUAUAACUGUUCAAUCUAUGGUAACUCAACACAAAUACAUUCAUUCAGGAGAGAAAUCGGAUCUUUUUUAAAACAGGGGCCACAUUUUUCAUUAACGAAACACUGAAACUUGGAACACUGGUAGAAUGUGUCAUAUAAAACAUCUUUUUCUCUUAGUCUUCUUAAAAAAAAAAGAAAUCCAGAAGUUAUUCCAUGUUAAAGUUGUCGUAUUUCUGUAAUUUCAACCAAUCACUGACGUCCAUUCAGCCGAUAUACAUUAAGUGCCAACUACAUAAACAAACGAUUCUGAAACAAUUAACCCUAACCCUAACCCUAAGGUUAGGGUUAAAGCAAAUAAAACGAAGGUAUGGAGAUUAAAUACGCUUUACAUCGCUUAAUCAGCCAAAGGAGUAAAUGUAAACAACUGAAUACUUGUCAGUGAUUGGUUGAAAUUAUCGAAAUAAGACAAUUUUUUACAUGAAAUAAAUUCGAAUACAAAAAUAUUUUUCUGUUCUAUAACACAAAAUAGAUAAGUAUACGAAGUUUGAAAGUCUUUCGGUACCAAAAACACUACGUAAAACAUUAGUGAAAAAUGUGGCCCCCAUUUUAAAAUAGAUCCGAGAAAUCAUACUACUGUGACAUCUGUGAUAAGUCAUUCUCUCAUAGAGAAGAAUAAUAAACUGAACACAAACAUAUUCAUACAGGACAAGAUUCUUAUGACUGUGUUAUCUGUGCUAAAGCAUUCUUUCAAUCAUGUACCUUAACUAAACAUAUACUUAUUCAUAUUGAUGAAUAAUAAUAUUGGUGAUAAAAUAGAUGAUAAAUAAAAUACAGCAAAUGUAUUAAUUUAUAUGAAACCA